CAGAAUAUGCCUUCUCUUGUCUUAUGGCUUUACUCUCCUCAAAGCAUAGCAUGUGUAUAAGACAUUCCAUUCCCACAUUUCUCAUUGGAAGAAGCUCAUCAAUAUGGGGAAUCGCCUUGCACAUUUUUGUGCCGAUGAGAAUAUCGCCGCUGACACCAUUGAAACCACCUUCAAGCUGCCAUCCCCAUUACCGGCUUGGCCACCGGGUUCGGGUUUUGCGAGCGGUAGUAUCAACCUUGGAGGGCUGAAAGUGUGUCAAGUUUCUUCUUUCAACAAGAUUUGGGCUACUCAUAAGGGUGGACCAGACAAUCUAGGAGCAACAUUUUUUGAACCUACACAAGUACCAGAAGGAUUCUCUGUUUUGGGAUUCUACUGCCAACCCAAUAACCAGGCUCUUCAUGGGUGGGUUCUUGUUGGGAAGGAUGAGACAAAUGACCCCUCGAAUGGAGCUCUCAAGGAGCCAAUCGAUUAUACUCCAAUAUGGAACAGUGAGUCCUUGCAAAUUAAGAAAGAUGGCAAUGGUUAUAUUUGGUGGCCAGUACCCCCUGAAGGCUAUGCCGCUGUUGGACAUGUCGUGACCACCUCGCCUGAGAAGCCAUCCACAGACAAAAUCCAAUGCGUGCGAUUGGACUUCACAGACCAAUGCGAAAGCGACGAGUGGAUUUGGGGCCCUGGCAAGACGAUGGACCCCAAUGGGAUCAACGUGUUCACCAUGAGACCCAAGAGCAGAGGUACACAAGCCAGAGGUGCAUGUAUCGGAACAUUCGUCUCUAAAAUCGGCGGUAAAGAUUCUCCUCACUCUCUCGAGUGCUUGAAGAAUAACAACCCGGAUUACACACGCUCCAUGCCCGACCUAGGCCAAAUUGAGGCAUUAUUUCAAGCUUAUGCGCCAUUCAUAUACUUUCAUCCAGAAGAAUCGUAUUUCCCAUGCUCGGUGGAGUGGUUUUUCAGCAAUGGGGCUCUACUAUAUCAAAAAGGCGAAGAGUCAAAACCCGUUAAAAUCGAGCCUAUGGGCUCGAACCUUCCCCAAGGUGGUUCCAAUGACGGUGAGUAUUGGUUGGAUCUUCCCGUGGAUGGAAGAGAAAAGGAGACAGUAAAAAGAGGAGACUUGCAAAGCUGCCAAGCAUAUUUGCAUGUCAAACCCAUGAAUGGUGCCACCUUCACUGACAUAGCCAUAUGGCUCUUUUACCCUUUCAAUGGCCCUGCUAGGGCUAAAGUUGAGUUCUUCAAUGUCUCAUUGGGAAGAAUCGGCCAGCAUGCCGGUGACUGGGAGCAUGUGACCUUAAGAAUCAGCAACUUCACCGGAGAGCUUUUGAGUGCAUAUUUCUCGCAGCACAGUAAGGGUGUUUGGGUGAAUGCUUCAGAGCUAGAGUUUCACAGUAGGAAUAAGAUGGUGGUCUACUCAUCGUGGCACGGACACGCUACAUACCCGAAACCAGGAUUAGUAUUGCAGGGCAAUGGAAGUAUUGGAAUAAGGAACGACACGAAGAAGAGCAAGAAUUUCAUGGACACCGGAGUCAAUUACUCAGUACUUGCAGUCGACUAUCCAAAUGCUCUGGUGAAUGAACCGCCAUGGCUAAACUAUUUCAGAGAGUGGGGUCCAAAAAUUAGUUAUGAUCUCGAAAGAGAGAUCAAGAAAGUGGAGAAGCUAUUGCCCGGAAAGCUUAAAUCGGCUUUUGAAAAAUUUGUGAGAGGUCUGCCUAGAGAGAUACUGGGUGAGGAAGGGCCUACCGGGCCAAAGGUGAAGAGCAAUUGGAGUGGAGAUGAACCUUGAAGAUUUCUUCCUUCCUGGUGACAUGAACUUUAAUGAAGGUUAAAUCUUCAAGAACGUGUAUUUACGUCAGAUUGGGGGAAAAAAGGCAGCCAGAAUCUGUAGCCAGAAAUUUAGUUCAAUUGAAUACUGCAAAGCAAAUAGACAUCAUGCAAAAUCACAUAUCUUAUUAUCCAAGAAUAGAACAAUUUACACUCUCAUUCUUCCAUAACUCAACAGUUUUGGCAAGCAUAAAUGUUCUGUAAUCUUACUAAGCAUCAAAAAGGCCAUUGGAUUAUUGCACCAA